AUGGCGUCCAGGUCACAAAUAUUAAGCUAUCUUAACGAUAGGCUGGAGCAAAUCAGUGCUCUGCGGGCAAUUAAAGUUUGUGGGCUUAACCAACUGAACUCUGAUAUUACUGCGGCUCAAGUUGUUGAUAUCAUUCAUGAAUUUCUUUACUCAUUCCAACCGCCAUUGGAAGUGGAUCAACUUGUGUUGUCGAACAACAACUUCGAAGAAUUUCCUUCUAACUUGGCUUUGGUAGCUCGCCUGGUCAAAUAUCUUGAUUUGCAUCUGAAUAACUUCCGUGGAAUACCAGAACUAGGUGAACUAUCUCGAGUUGAAAUUUUGGAUUUGAGCUCAAACAAAAUCUCAUUUAUUUCACCUAACUGGCUCAGGAAUAUGACACACUUGAAGGUUUUACAACUUAAAUCGAACCGGUUGCGCUAUUUACCUCUGGCCUUGGGCCGUUUGACCAAUUUGAACUUGAUAGAGGUUGGGGACAAUCCCUUAUUGAUGCCACUGCUUGAUUUGAUUCGGCAACUACAAAACCAAACGUCAGACUUAGAUUGGGUCCGCGAGUUGAAAAACUAUUUGAUAGCGAACGGCGCCAAACUUGAUGCAAAAAUUGCCCAAGAGCAGAGUACAACGAGUCAUGCAUUUUCCAUUCCAUCUGCUGGUACUACAACCAUCACAACUUCAUCUAACUCUGGCGCCGGCGCCAUUGGUGAAUCUGCAAACGCUGAUGCGAUCAAACUGGCUCGUGCAACUCGGCGCAUGGGACUUAUCAUGAAAAAAGACGAUGACACCGAGGAGACAGGCUCAUCUCCAAUCCAAUUGUCGCGACUGGUCCUGGCAUUGGAGCAAAUGCAAAUUGUAACGCCACCUCCCAUCCCUAAAUCACCCACCCUGGCGCAAAACCUGCCUGCUCUGCGGAAGCGAUCUAAUACAUUGAAAGAGAUCGACAAGCUUUUAGAAAAGAAUGACGGCGUUGAUACUGAGCAUAGACUGGCAGCGUACUUCCGUCGACUUCUGACUCUCCAGGAAAGCGAGGAAGCGACAAACGUUCCUCGCCAGAUAUCACAACUGCAAAUUUCGACCUUAACUCGAGACUCAGGCAAUAUCAAACCAAGGCGCUCCAGCUUGAUUAAAGUGAGCCGUAAGCUUUUAUUUGCUUUUAGUGAACUACAUUCACUGAUCCGUCGUUUCACAGGAUUUUGUACAGACAAGAAGAUAACUAUGAAAAUGGUUCUGUCAUUGUACACUACGAAGGCCACCAUAGACGCUUUGGUUGAGAACUUGGAGGUCAUGGAUGAAAAUACCAACAAUACUAGCUUCACUUUAGAACAGAUACUGGCAAGUUUACUUCUGUGUAUCGGACUGGUUAAACUGAUUAUUAAGGUAUUGGGAGAACUGCUUAUCCAUUUUAUGGAGCAUACUGAUGUUUGUUUUAUUCGUCUGUUGUACCUCACAUUUUAUGGUUCUAUCAACGAAUUGUCAAACGCUUAUCGUUUGCUCGCCAAGCCACCUCAAAUACUGAUUCCGGAUCCCAAGGUAGCCGUCAACACGAGUAGCAGCUAUGAUACCGAUGAUAUUGAUGAAAGACUUUACAGAGCCAUUGAUCUGGCUACUGCUGAAGCGAUGGUAGUGUUUGGCGAGCUUACGAAGGCGAUUUCGGGAGGUGCUUCAAAUGGGGCAAAUAUCGCUAAAGUAAAGGAGCUUACGUCGAUUUGCAUGACUCUGAUGGAAAUUACUAAACGGCUUAAGACAAAAAUGGUUACAAUUCGCAACAAUCCCAGUCUUCCUACAAAGAGAGCUUUUUGGGACGAGACUAAUCUGUUCCUUAAACUGAUCGUGCAAACGUUUAUGCAUGUCAAGGGCAUUAUGCAGGAUCUUCCAAUUUUGAAUGAAGUAAGAAGCUCAAUGUCGACUUUGACGAAAACGACCAAAGACGUAACCAUUUUGUUGGAAGUUUCACUGUACAAACUGAUACUGGAGGUCACACUGGCCACUGCUACUCAUCCACCUCCUCUUGCCCUGAUACCCCUGGUGCUGGCAAUCUUCCAAAUCACGACGCCUACAUCACUGGUGCCACAAGUCCGUACGCCUUUGGUGGCUAGCCUCGGUGCGGCGGCGCAAGCCAUCAAGCCGGUAAAUCCCGAUGGGGGCCCCAUGCUUCUGCCCUCGCUUCACUAUGCAAAAACCGGAAUAAACCCAUUCGAUGGUCUCGCAGUUGACGCCGAGUCGCGGUAA